AUGAACCCAGGAGCCUGCUUGACGAACAUCAAUGAGACGCUGCAAACUAUUUUCAGUGUCGCCAUCAACGUUGCCUUUCCAGAUCUGGAGAAUCCGCCACUUGUCGUCGCACCAAACCAGCAGCCAAAAUUCGGGGAUUACCAGUGCAAUAGUGCCAUGGCAAUAGCACAGCUGUUAAAAUCCAAGGGACAGAAGGUAAAUCCCAGGGAAAUUGCUCAGAAUAUUGUCAAUAGCAUUCCCCAAAAUGAAGUAAUUGAAAAGCUUGAGAUUGCUGGGCCAGGUGAGUGUCGUUUAUUAAGUUAUUUUCUUUCUAUUUCACCUCUUCUGUUAAUCACACUGAAUCACCGUUAAU